AUGAUGUCAUCGUUAAGUGCGAUACAGAGCCUUGCUGAGCUACAAGCAAAAUUUCGUCCGGAAGCGCUGAUAUCGUUCGACGCCGACACCGUCACUGCAUCGAUGCGCGACGGAAGCGAAUCGUCAGGUCAAUCAUCAAUAAUUCCACAAGAAUUCUCACCAUUCGAUCCGAAUGAACCAGCAAUACCCAAGGAGAUCAAUUAUCGAGGACAAACCGUUGUCGGAUUCGAUUUGCGUGGCACCGACAUGCUAUGUCUACCGCAGGUGUAUGAAUUAUUUCUCAAAAAUAUGGUUGGCGGUCUACAUACGGUCUAUACAAAAUUGAAACGAUUGGAAAUAACACCGAUCAUAUGCAACGUUGAACAGGUCCGCGCCUUACGCAGCAAAAACGCCAUCCAACCGGGAGUGAAUCGCUGUAAACUCAUAGCUGCCAGCGAUUUCGAUCGUCUCUACGAUGACUGCACAAACACAUGCACUCGGCCCGGUCGUCCACCAAAACGCGCCUCAACGGUAGAGGAAUGGGCAGCAAAACGUGAAAAAUUCGAAGAUCAACAACAACAAUGCAGUGCAGGGGAAGAAUCCUACGGUGGCGCUCCAUGUGCCUCACCGUUAAAUCCGUUAUUUCUCGGACAAUUCUUGCCACAGUUCAGCGCUCAACAACUUCUCGUUCAACAUAUGAUGGCAAUAGCUGCAGCACAAAAACCGGAUAUAUGUGCACCAUCCGGCAUGAGCAUGUCAGCUGACGCGGAAGUUGAAGGUACACCGUUGAAUCUGUCGAAGACGAAUCCAAAUUCCGAGACAAGCGACAACGACUCCCUGGAGAACAUGCGAAAAGAAGGAGAUAUCUCCCCGAAUCAAUCGAUAUCCGAGCGUGGUGGAUCGAAUGGUUCGAAUAACUCGUCAUCAUCGGAUCAGUCAGCUGCAGCCACCACGAAAAUUAUUUCGUUACUUGAUAUGGCUAGUGAACACUUUAAACAGCAGAUGGAAUCAAUACGUAAGGAACGAGGGGACCUUAUCCCCGACUACGCUACACUUGACCCUGGUACCGGGCUUGUCUGGGAGGAUAAAAACGCUGACUCAAUACGUCGACUAGCCCUCGCCGGUCAUUGUAGAGAAGAAGUCGAAUUUUUGCGUUGUCAACUGAAAGGAUCGUUAAUCGAUGAGAGUAAAUUACGAGAACAACUUCAAGCCGAAAAGAAAAAGUCAAAUAUAUACUUCCGUCGUUACUGCAAAGCCAGACGGGAAAUGAUUCUGCUCAAGGAACAGAUCUCGGAAACUCGUGGAAGUUCGGCGAAUUCGAAUUCGAACUGA